AUGUUUUUGCACACUGACUGCUCAGCCCCUUCGAACUCUUCAACUGCGGCUCGCAACUUAUCGCUCGAUGCCAGCUGGAAGGAUAACGCUGUCAAGGGCCAAAUUAUCUUUCCCUCCUACGACGUACGAUAUUACAGCCAAGUAGAAGACCUAGAACCUCCAGCGAGCCUCUGGAUAGGUGAUUCCUACGCAGUUUCGCCAACUUCUAACAGCACCCCGACCAAUGUAUCGACACUGGAGUCUCCGGAUCCGGUUGAAUAUGCAGAGGACGAUGCAGCGGUGCGAACACAACCAUCGAGGAAUGUAGAUUACUUAUCGCAUGCUUGGAAGGAGGAAGAUAUUUGGUCGUCAUGGAAGCAUGUUGUGUUGAAGCGGAAAGAGUACAGCAACAGUGCGAGACUGGAAAAUGCAUCUUGGAGGACAUGGAUGAAGUCAAAGAACAAGUUAAAGACAGUCUCGCCAGAAUCACUCAAUUGGCUGAGGGACAGUGAUGUAACUUGGCUAUAUGGGCCGCUACUGACUGGAUCAGACAGGUCAUUGGGAAUGCCUUCUUCCUCACCUGUCAGCCGUAGCCGCAUUUCAAAGUCCAAUUCCUCUCUACUCAAGCAGGCAGCAGCUGCAAUUCAGACACAGCAGUUUUGUGACGCUGGACAAAGAUGUGGCCAGACUGUUAUCGGGCGGGCGUCUUCUGGCUGUGUUACGUUUCCCUUGUCUGCGAGAGGAGUGAGUAGUGAAAACCCCAGCUUCCUUCAUUCAGUCUUAUCCUCGGGAUUUGAACCUACUGGCGCUGGGGAGGAGAAGCACAUUCAUUUCAAUGAGCAGGUCGAGCAAUGUAUUGCGUUGGAAAUGGUGGGUGACGAAGAUGAGGAGCUUGGCUCGUCUGCCAUUCACGAUUACGAUGAUAGCGAAUCGGACGAUGGGGCCAUCAUGAUGAAGAGAACUAAUCCCAGGUCAGAUUCACCGCUCAUGUCGAAGAGAAAGGCUACACCGCUGGCGAGCUUUAGUUCUGACAGUAAGACGAUUGCGAUGCUACCAUCUACGACGUUAAAACCCAGGGAAGCCCCCUUGGAAUCGCUGGAGACAACACCGAAGUACAACAAUGGCUCUUGGAACCGUGGCAAACUCUCCUCACACCUCUCACAAGAAGCGCUCGGGCUACUAAAGCCACCGACCCUGAUCUUACUUGGAAACAAGUUGAAAGACGACGAUGCGGAUAUUGACUGGCAGCCACCGCGUGCUUUACCCAGCUGCAAAGAUAGCAUGGCAAUAACCCGAGAGCGAUCCCAGAACCUGCACUCAUCUGGGUCAUCCUCGAGUCUCAACGGCGAUCCACCAGGCAUGAGACGUACACCCUCAGGCAUGUUCAUGCCCUGCGACGAAGACGAAGACGAAGACGAAGACGAUGUAGUUUCGGGAGGCCUAUUUGGGAAAGUGGUUGACGCCGUAAAUACAGCGAAAGAUAUGGUAUACGUAGUCUGGAAUGUUGGCUGGAGGUAG